CUCCGUCUGCGACUUCAGUGACUGGGACGAAAAGAAGAGAGAAGUUCAGAAAGUUUGAUCACAGCGCAACUACGAGUGGAAAAAAACUGAAUGAAGGCACUACACGGAUUUAAGUGGUCGAACGAGACUCCCUGACAGACAAAACACAGCUUCUCCAUCGAGUAUAAUUCGUUUUCCGCGUUUUAAAGAGCUUUUUGAGAUUCGUGACGCUUUAACCUGACAGAGCACAGCCUCGCGCUGGCGGCUCUAUGUGGAUUUUACUCAAAAUAUGGGCCAAUUACCCGGUGUCUCUUCAGGCACAGUCAUCAUUUUCCUUAUUUGCUGCGUUAAACUCUCAUAUGCUCUGCAGUGUAUCGACGACGAGAAGCCCUGUGUGAAUGGUACCUGUGUCAUUUUACACAACGGGACACACUACUGCAGGUGUGCUCCUGGUUUCUUAGGGGAGUACUGUCAUCACAGUGACCCGUGUUAUCUGUUGUAUUGUAAAAAUGGAGGAGAGUGCAAGGUGAGCGUGGCCGGUGUCCCUGGGAGCCCCACAUGUGUCUGUCCUCUGGGCUUUGCGGGUGAGCACUGCGAGAUCCAGAAAAACUCCACCUGCUACCCCAAUAACCCUUGCACCAAUGGGGGAAAGUGCUUGCUCCUUCCCAACGACCAGUACAAAUGUCAGUGUGCCCCUGGGUGGACAGGUCAGCAUUGUGAGCAAGAGGACGCAUGUCUGUCCAGCCCAUGUGCCAACGAUGGUAUCUGCAAUGCUCUGCCAAAUCGCGAAUACUCUUGCACCUGUAAGCGAGGUUAUCAUGGUUCCCGUUGUCUUAACGACACAGACGAGUGUGUGGCCUCACCGUCGAUAUGCAAGAACAAAGGUGUUUGUCUGAACACCCCAGGCUCAUAUCGAUGUACUUGCCAACCUGGCUUCACCGGCUCAGACUGCGGGAGUCCUUACUUGCCCUGCUCUCCGUCCCCCUGCCUCAAUGGUGGGACCUGCCGACAAACUGCAGAGACCACCUAUGUAUGCCACUGCCUGCCAGGAUUUAAUGGUACAAACUGCGAGGUGAACAUUGAUGACUGUCCAGAUCACCGCUGUCAGAAUGGAGCUACAUGCAUGGAUGGAGUCAACACCUACAACUGCCAGUGCCCACCUGAAUGGACAGGUCAGUUUUGCACUGAUGAUGUGGAUGAAUGCAGACUGCAGCCCAACGCCUGUCAGAAUGGAGGCACAUGCAGUAACACACGCAACGGCUACAACUGUGUGUGUGUGAACGGCUGGAGCGGCCUGGACUGCUCUGAAAACAUUGAUGACUGUGCAGCUGAGCCCUGCACCGCCGGCUCCACUUGCAUCGACCGCGUGGCUUCCUUCGUUUGCAGCUGCCCUCCCGGCAAGACUGGUUUGCUGUGUCACAUUGAUGAUGCCUGCAUCAGUAACCCUUGCAAGAUGGGCGCUCAUUGCGACACAAACCCCGUCAAUGGCAAAUUCAGCUGUAACUGCCCUUCAGGAUACAAGGGCAGCACAUGUGCAGAGGAUAUCGACGAGUGUGUCAUUGGACCAAACCCAUGUGAGCACGGAGGCUCAUGUAAGAACACAGAGGGUUCGUUCACCUGUAACUGCGCUCCAGGUUACACCGGCCCACGUUGUGAGCAGGACAUCAAUGAAUGUGGCUCCAACCCCUGCCAGAAUGAUGCCACCUGCUUGGAUCAGAUAGGAGAUUACACCUGUAUCUGUAUGCCAGGAUUUGAUGGAACGCACUGUGAGAAUGACAUAAAUGAGUGUCUCAGCUCACCUUGUCUUAAUAACGGUAGAUGUCUAGACCAGGUCAGCCGAUUCGUCUGCGAGUGUCCUCAGGGUUUCACUGGGGAAACGUGUCAAGUGGACAUCGAUGAGUGUGCCAGCACUCCGUGCCAUAAUGGUGCCAAGUGUCUUGACCGUCCUAAUGGUUACGAGUGUGAAUGUGCUGAAGGUUUCACAGGGCCAUUGUGUAUGGAAAACAUCAACGACUGUGAACCCCAACCCUGUCAUCAUGGCAAAUGUAUAGAUGGAAUUGCUACCUUUCACUGCGAGUGUCUGCCAGGUUAUAUGGGCCCCAUCUGCAGCGAGCAGAUACGCGAGUGCCAGAGUGAUCCCUGCCAAAACGGAGGCCGCUGUGUUGACAUGGUUAACAGAUACCAAUGCAACUGCCAGCCGGGUACCGCAGGUGAGAACUGUCAGAUUAACUAUGAUGACUGUGCCAGUAAUCCUUGCCAGCACGGGACCUGUGAGGAUGGAAUCAAUGAGUACAAAUGUGUGUGCGAACCUGGAUACACAGGGGAACGAUGCACUGAGGAGAUCAACGAGUGCAGUUCAAACCCAUGUCAGAGUGGAGGGACGUGUGAGGAUAAAGUGAAUGGAUUUAAUUGCAAGUGUCCAGUUGGGACUUAUGGGCCCCUGUGUCUCUCAGGGGCAGACCGUUGUAUCCGCAUGCCCUGCCGGCAUGGAGAGUGUAUUGGGAAGCUGGAUGGGUAUCUUUGUCAAUGUGAGCCUGGCUGGGAGGGUACGAACUGUGACCAAGACAAGAAUGAGUGUCUGUCUAACCCGUGCCAGAAUGGUGGAACCUGUAAUGACCGUCUGAAUGAAUACACCUGCGUAUGUGCCCGUGGGUUUGCAGGUUUCAACUGUGAGAUCAACAUAAAUGAAUGUGAGUCAAACCCCUGCAUGAAUCAGGGAACCUGUGUGGAUGGAGUCAACAGCUACAUAUGCCACUGCAAUCUACCAUACACAGGGAAACACUGUCAGGAGAAGUUGAUCCCAUGUGCGUCUCAGCCCUGUCAGAGACGAGGAGUCUGUCAGCCAUCGCUGGAUUACACCAGCUACACCUGCAAAUGCCACAGUGGCUGGGAAGGAGCCCAGUGCACAGAGGAUAAAGAUGAGUGUAAGAAGAGCCCUUGUCAGAAUGGUGCUCGCUGUGUGAAUAUAGUGGGCAGCUACCGUUGCGAAUGCCAGCCUGGAUACAGCGGGGACAACUGCCAGACCAACAUCGACGACUGCAGCUCCAAUCCAUGCCGUAACGGUGGUACAUGUGUUGAUAAAGUGGGCCGGUACUUGUGCGAGUGCAGAGCUGGUUUUUAUGGCGAGCGCUGUGAGGAAGAGGUGGACGAGUGUGCCAGCAACCCCUGCUGGAAUGGAGGACAUUGCACAGACUACGUGAACAGCUACACAUGCCAAUGCCCGCCAGGCUACGACGGCAUCAAUUGUGAACGUGAUAUCCCAGACUGCACUGAAACCUCUUGUUUGAACAAUGGGACGUGUGUGGAUGGAAUUAACCAAUUUUCCUGCCGUUGUCGGCAUGGUUUUUCGGGCCAGUAUUGCCAGUUUGAACUGAACGAGUGUGACUCUCAUCCCUGUAAAAACGGUGGCACCUGCAUAGACGGUCUGGGGACUUUCCACUGCAACUGCCCACUAAUGUAUAAUGGAAAAACUUGUGAGUCAAUGGUGAAUUUGUGCAGUCAGAUUAAGUGUCAGAAUGGAGGUACUUGCAUUCAGAAAGAAAUCAGUUGGAGAUGCAGCUGUCAGCCUGGCUGGACAGGCCUGUAUUGUGAUAUCCCCAGCAUCUCCUGCCAGGCUGUUGCACUCCAAAAAGGUGUGGCGGAGAACAUGGUCUGCAAACAUGCAGGUCAUUGUAAGAACAUAGGCAACACGCAUCAGUGUGAAUGUCAGAAAGGAUAUACGGGCAGUUACUGUGAGACUGAGAUAGAUGAAUGUCUCUCCAGCCCUUGCAGAAAUGGAGGGACAUGUAUGGACUACCAGGGUGGAUAUGACUGCAAGUGUAAAGCAGGUUUUCAGGGUGUGAACUGUGAAUAUAAUGUUAACGAGUGCCAGUCAAAUCCCUGUCGCAAUGGAGGGACCUGCAUUGAUCUGAUCAACCAUUUUUCCUGCUCAUGCCCUCCUGGAACAAAAGGUUUGCAGUGUGAAGUGGACGUGGAUGAAUGUGCCCCAGAGUUUGGCCUGCGCUGUAAGAAUGGUGGCCAGUGUGUGGAUGGUGUGGGCCGGUACACCUGCAACUGCCCUCCUGGUUUCGCUGGAGAGCAUUGCGAGGGAGAUGUGAACGAGUGUCGAUCUGGACCGUGCUACUCACCUGGCACCAUUGACUGCGUGCCGCUUAUCAAUAGCUUUCAAUGUCGUUGCCGUCUCGGUUAUACUGGUCAACGUUGUGAGUCAAUGGUUGAUCUGUGCCAGUCCAAGCCAUGCCACAACAACGGUAGAUGCUCUACAAAUUCCAGUUCAGUACACGGAUACAUCUGUACCUGCCAACCUGGUUUCUCUGGCUUUAACUGUGGCGAUUUGGAGACGUUCUCAUGUGCCAAUUUGCAUUGUCUGAAUAGCGGACAGUGUGUGGAGAUAAAGAGCCGCCCUCAGUGCCACUGCCCAGUGGGUUUUACUGGAACACACUGUGAGAUGUUCACAAACCGUUGCAUGUGUCAAAACGGUGGCACCUGCAUGCUAGAUGAGUCCAACAACCUCAGCUGCCGGUGUCCACCAGGGUUCAGUGGGAAGAUGUGUGAGACGGCUCAACCUUCUUGCCCUUAUCUGGAGUGCGAAAAGCGGGCUAGAGACAAAGUGUGUGACCCGCAAUGUAAGAACCCGGAGUGCAACUGGGAUGGAGGCGACUGUACGCUCCACUGGGAAAACCCCUGGAAGAACUGCACGAUGCCCUGCUCGAACUUAUUUCAUAAUGGCCGCUGUGACCCAGAGUGUAACAAUGCAGGCUGCCUAUUCGACAGCUUUGAAUGCCACAAACCUUCAUCGGCGGGAAACUGCAAAUAUGAGAAAUACUGUGCAGAUCAUUAUGCCAAUGGUCAUUGCAACCAGGGCUGCAACACAGAAGCAUGUGGCUGGGAUGGUCUGGACUGUGCCAGGGACACUCCUCCCAAGCUAGCAAAUGGCACACUGGUGAUUGUGGUUCUGCUGCAGCCCGAGGAGCUGCUGGGUGACCUUAAGGGUUUCCUGCGUUCUCUGGGGACACUCCUGCACACCAACCUGCAAGUGAUGCUAGAUGAGCAUAAGAAACCUAUGGUGUACCCCUACUGUAGAUCUGAGCAGAAUAAAAUUCAAAACGAAAUCGCCGCUAUGAAGCAACGUGGAAAACGUGAGCUGGAGAGUGAGGUUAUCGGAUCGAGAGUUUACUUGGAGAUUGACAAUCGGCUAUGUUCUCAGAACUCAGAUGAAUGCAUCUCCAGUGCAGACCAGGCUGCGGCCUUCAUAGCUGCUGAGUACCUGAAGUCAGAUUUGCCGUACCCUGUCUACUCUGUCACCAGUGAGGAUGUUAAACGUCCCACUGAGGAUACUUUGCUGUACCUGGUUGCUGUGGCUGCUGCCAUCAUCCUGCUCAUUUUGGUGCUGGGUGUUUUGGCUGCCAAGCGCAAACGCAAGCAUGGGACCCUGUGGCUUCCUGAUGGCUUUCUGCCAAACAAAGAGAGCAAGCGGAGGGAGCCAGUGGGACAGGAUGACUUUGGCAUGAAGAGCAUGCAGAAGCCACAGGAUGGGGGAUUAUUGGAUUGCAGUUCGAACCAUCAUUGGUCAGAAGAGGAUCAUCUUCCUAAAAAACCAAGAAUGGAGGAUAAGCCAUUGCUUUCUGUUGGAGUGGAUGGAGUGGACAGGAGAGAGUGGACCCUGCAGCAUCAUAAAGCUGCUGACAUCACACUCACCCCACCUCAGGCAGACAAUGACAUGGAGAGUCUGGACGUCAAUGUUAAAGGACCAGAUGGUUUCACUCCUCUCAUGCUGGCAUCACUAAGAAAUGGCAGCAGCCCUGACUGUGGCAGCAUGCUAGGAGAGGAGGAGGAGGAAAGCGGUGCUGACGAGCCUGGCACAAACGUCAUUACCGACUUAAUUGGCCAGGGUGCGUCGCUCAAUGCCCAGACUGAUCGCACAGGGGAGACUGCACUUCACCUCGCUGCACGAUACGCUCGAGCAGAUGCUGCCAAGAGACUGCUCGAUGCUAGUGCUGAUGCCAACGCUCAUGAUAACAUGGGCCGCACACCUCUUCAUGCAGCAGUAGCAGCAGAUGCUCAAGGAGUUUUCCAGAUUCUCAUCCGGAACCGUGCCACUGAUCUUGAUGCCCGUAUGAAUGAUGGCACAACACCUCUCAUCCUAGCAGCCAGACUGGCAGUGGAGGGCAUGGUGGAGGAACUGGUGCACUGCCAUGCUGACGUCAAUGCUGUGGAUGAUCAUGGGAAGUCAGCUCUGCACUGGGCCGCUGCUGUGAAUAAUGUGGACGCCACUUUGGUGCUACUCAAAAAUGGAGCCAACCGAGACAUGCAGGACAACAAGGAGGAGACGCCAUUGUUUCUGGCUGCUAGAGAGGGCAGCUUUGAGGCGGCUCAAAUUCUGCUAGACCAUUACUCAAAUCGUGACAUCACCGAUCACCUGGACCGCCUGCCACGUGACACUGCACAAGAACGAAUGCAUCACGACAUCGUGCGUCUGCUGGACGAGUACAACCUGGUGCACAGCCCACACUCCGGGCCCAACCAUGUCGGAAAUGGUGGAGGGCACUCAUCGAUGGUCUGUGGCACAAACGGCACAGGAUACAUCCUCGGCAUGCGUCCUGGACCACAGGGCAAAAAGAACCGCAGAGCUGGAGGAAAAGCAAAUGGUGUAGCAGCCGGGACAGCCAAAGAUCUGAAAGAAAUAAAAGCCAAGAGGCGAAAGAAGCCAACCGGAGGAGAGGGGCCGAGUGUGGUGCCGGUGACCACAGCUGUAGGAAGUGUAAGCAGAGCAGCUGGUGGUCUCUCCGAGAGCUCAGUCACCAUGUCUCCUGUGGAUUCCCUAGAGUCUCCACACUCAUACGCCGGAGAGCCCUUGGCCACCUCCAGCACGGCCAAUUCUCCACCUCUGCUCAGCAGCCCGUCAGCGAGGCCCAUGCUGCCGCCGGUGAGUCACAUGCUGGGCCAGCAGCAAAGCUGGGUUGGUUUGUCCAAACACAGCUACAAUGGCCACAUGUUCAGCCUUAUGCCACACCAUCAAAUGAGCGCAGGCCACAGCGGCAUGCAGCAGCACCACAGCCCGGGCAUGUCUGCCCCAAUGAACGUCACCAUGAGCCGUGAACAGCUCCCGCCAAUCGUCACUUUCCAGAUGAUGCCGACCGGCAGCGCAGAGCCUCCUCAAGCAGGCACAACAGGGGCAGAUGCAGGCCAAGGGCAAAAUCAGCCACAGGCUCAGCAUCUGCACUGCAGCCAGGGUAUGAUGUACCCCAUUCCUGACGUGAGCAUGCAGCACAGCCUGUCCCACGCCCUUCAGCACCCUUCCCACGCUCACAACCACACACUCCAGCAUGGGCUGCCUGAUGGCCAAGCACGGCAGGUGGUGUCCUAUCAGCCACGUCAGAGCCCUGUGGAUAAGUACCCCACGCCACCUUCCCAGCACAGCUACGCCACUGCCGGCUCGGAGGGAACCACACCUGGACAUCCAGCACAAAAGCCCAGUGAACACCCCUACCUCACCCCUUCACCAGAGUCACCCGACCCAUGGUCCUCCUCGUCCCCACACUCCAACUCAGACUGGUCCGAUGUCACCACAAGCCCCACACCUCUAGGAAACCCACACACAAUGCCACCUUCCUGCCACACACACAUUCCCGAACAGGCCCAGCUGCAGCCCCCGUCACAGGCCGCGCAGCCAACGCAGUCCCAGCAGUCCCAGCGCAGCAGUGUGUACGCAUAGACACUCAGACCUUUGAGAGUGUAUUGAUUCUCUCUCUUCAGCAGCCAACCAUCCUAUCCUCCACUCUUUAUGUUUUUAUUACGCUCUGCAUGUUGACUGUGAAGUUCUUACAUAUUGUAAAUUCCCAACAGCCCCAAUAUUUUAUCUCGAAGGACAAAACAAUUCGGGAUUCCUGUUUACAGCCAUCUGCGAUCUGAGGCACUGUUACCAUUGAACGAUCACACUGCCAAAAGUAAGGAGUCUCAUUUUGUGGGUACGGAAAAUUUCAAAUUUAAGUCAAACCUUGAAGGAACUUUUAAUAUGUCAUUUUAUUUUAUUUUUAUUUUUUGUUGGGGUUGAAGGCAGACAUCAUAAGUUACAUGAAUAGUUCACGCAAAAAUGGAAAUGAUCUUUAUUUAAUCAUUUUCAAAUCAUUCCAAACAUGCAUGACUUCCUUCUGUGUGACAAAAAACAAGACUCCAUUGAGUUCUGGUGUAUAACGAAAAUAACAUUUUGUUCAAAAUGUCUUCCACAGAAGAAACAAAAAGUCAAACAGUAAGUUUGAAAGCACAUGAAAAUGAGUAAAUAAAGAUCUUUAAUUUUGCGAGAACUAUUCUUUCAUUAUUUAAUUCAUCUUUUUUAUGCAUUGGGUCAGCUUUCAUGUGUUCUGUCCCAGCAAGCAGUUUUUGUUUUUAAAAGAGAAUGUCUAAUAGAUGUCUAAACAUAGUCGUCUUGGCUUAAACAAGACUAAAUUUGGGCUGUCAGUGAAAGUCUAAUAGAAUAGCCUAAAACUAGUCAAGUCUUCAAAUAAACAGAGAUGAAUGAUUACACGUAUAAAGUCAGUCUAUUUGACGACUAGUCUAGUUUUGGGCUUUUCUUAGAUGUCUAUUUUCACUGACAGCCCAAGUUUAGCCUUGUUUUAGCCAAGCUGUCAACGUUUAGAUGUCUAUUAGACGUCUGUUUAAAAAGUGUUUGCUGGGUUUUUUUUGUAUAGAUCAACCUGCGUUUUUUUUGUAGUAAUGAAAUGUUUCUUAAAUGAAUUGGUACUUUUUUUUGUGCACGUGAUCGGUGAUUCACACUCGCGCCCACAUACAUCUCAUUCAUUCAUGUGUGGUUCAGAGAGCUAAACUGUGGUGUACAUAGUUAAAAUAUUACGCUUUGUUUUAUGUUUCCAUGUUGUCUGUUACGGUUUUAUCUCGGCUUUGGCAGUGAGGUGAAUGGAGGUGUGUAAAUAUGAACGGGCUCCUCUUUGUUUCUAUUGAAAUGGUUUGCAGUAUUCAGUGGCCGCACAAACACGACAGAGGUUUGAAGAGGAAUUCCAGCAGCCGUCGUCAAGCCGAAGCAGAAAAGCAAAUGUUUUCCAUGAAUGAUAUUAUCAGUGCCUUUUACAGCGCAUGUGUAUCCAUUGUUACUAUUUUAUUGUUCUGCCUUUGUUGUGUUACUGUAUAUUAAUAUUCUGAGCAGUUUAACUAGUUCUUUUAUUUACAUGCCAUGUAUUUUCUUCAUCUUAAAUACAAUCAGCUUGUCUGUGCAACCGUUUGAAUCACUCGCUAAUUAAGAAAUCAUACUUUAUACAAUUUAAAUGUACUGUUUCACUUUUUUCUGUCUCGUGUUUUUGAGCAAAGCUUUAUAAAUCUGUUUAGUACAAUCACAUUUUUAAACUGUUUUGCACAAUAAACCCAUGGGUCUCUUAAACGCCAAAUAAACACUCUUGAUAGUAUUUCGAAAUGCAUGCAUACAUUAGCCAGAGUGGCGAUCAACUCCCUGUAUGCUGUAUUUGUUCAGAUGGGUGGGUCAGUCAAAUUGUUUGUGCUCAAGGUCAAUAUUAAGAGAGUCUUCUUAUGCAAACAGAACCCUUUAUGUACUAUAGGCGCCUUAUGGCAUAUUGUUUUUAUUGGUUAAUAUCCUGUAGCACUUAAGGGCCCUUCAACAGUAUGAUCUUUAGUGUACUGAAAUCUGGGGAAUUGAAUGGGUGUAAGUCCACCAAAUAGAGAUCAAAGAAAAGCUUUUGGAGUAUCGUACUUUCACCCAAAUGUUAUGCAAAGCUAUUUUUAUAUGUGCUGUAUAUAAUUCUAUAAUUCGGGUUUUUUAUGCCAUUGUACUUUAUUUCCAUGUUCACCAAACAUAUGCAUACAGCAUGUUAGUAUGAAGUAAAUGUUUCGUCUUAGUAUUUUGUUGAUUUUACAUUUGUGAUUUCGAGAACAAACGCCUGUGUAUUGGACAAAUCCAAGACAAUUGAUUAAGAUAGAGAUGAAACGCAAUAAAGGAAUACCUUUACAAAU